GGUGUUUGCACCUCCUCCCCGUCGUCGUUCCGUUGUCUCGUCCUCAUCAUCCAUGGCCUCCAGAUUCGCUCUCUCCUCUCUCCGGGCAGCUCGCCCUCGCGCCGUGCCCACCGUGGCCCGCGCUGUCUCUGCUCGCUCCAUGAGCUCGCAGCCCCCAUCGGAAAAGGCCUCCCAGAUCAUCGACAACAUGCCCUCCUCCCCCGGUCUCGUCACCAAAACCGGCUCGGUCAUCCUUGGUUCGGGUCUCCUCGCCACCGCCAUCUCCCAGGAGCUCUACGUCGUCAACGAGGAGACUGUCGUCCUCGCUGGCACCGCCAUCCUCUUUGCUUUCAUUGGCAAGAUGAUCCGGGAGCCUUACCGCGACUGGGCGGACGGCCACAUCGACCGCGUUCGCAAGGUCCUCGAGGGUGCCCGUGCGGAGCACACCCAGGCCGUCAAGGACCGCAUCAACUCCGUUGAGCAGAUGAAGGACGUCGUCUCUCUCACUGAGGGCCUCUUUGCUCUCUCCAAGGAGACCGCGCAGCUCGAGUCGGAGGCAUUUGUGCAGAAGCAGAAGGUCGCCCUUGCGUCCGAGCUCAAGUCGGUCCUCGACAGCUGGGUCCGCUUCGAGCAGCAGCAGAAGGAGAGCGAGCAGGCCGAGCUUGCCAGGUCUGUCAUUGACAAGGUGCUCGCUUCGCUCAAGGACGAGAAGACUCAGAGGGAUAUUCUUAACAACGCUAUCGCCGACAUUGAGCAGCUCGUCAAAAGCAAGCAGAUCUAGACAACUCCUGGUGUAGUGGCUCUAGAUUACUUAGACGGAUAAUAAAUCCAUACGUUUUAUUGUGUUGACGCGCGCACACUCUUUAUGAAGGCUGUCGUUCUGC